AUGGGUAUGGCAGCAGAAUCACAGUUUCAUGUAUUAGCUGUUGAUGAUAGUCUUUUUGAUCGGAAACUUAUUGAGAGAUUGCUUCAAAAGUCUUCGUGUCAAGUAACUAGUGUUGAUUCAGGCUCAAAGGCUUUAGAGUUUCUCGGUUUAAGACAAGGUAUUGAAAGUAACGAUCCAAAUGCGCUUUCUACGGCUCCUGUAAAUCACCAGCAAGUUGAAGUCAAUCUUAUAAUAACUGAUUAUUGUAUGCCAGGCAUGACUGGUUUUGAUUUGCUCAAGAAAGUCAAGGAAUCAUCAGCUUUCAAGAACAUACCAGUAGUUAUAAUGUCCUCUGAGAACGUUCCUGCAAGAAUCAGCAGAUGUUUAGAAGAAGGUGCUGAAGAGUUUUUCUUGAAACCAGUAAGAUUGGCUGAUCUUAACAAGUUGAAACCUCAUAUGAUGAAAACUAAGUUGAAGAACCAGAAGCUGGAGGAGAUUGAGGAACCUUCAAAAGACGAAAUUGGAACUGUAACAGCAGCAGCAGUUGUACCAGAGAUUAAAGGCUCUACAACAACCGAAAUCGAAAUCUUGCCUCUGCAACAAGAUCUGGUAUUAGUACAACAAGGGGAGCAAACGUUGAGUACUACCAACAAGAGGAAGUCAAUGGAAAAGGGUAUCUCUACAGAUAGACCACGUCCUAGAUUUGACGGUAUCACAACUGCUGUCUGAUCUAUAGCUAUAAUGCUUCGUUUUUGGGGUUUCUGAUUUUAGAGUUUUGUAGAUUGUCGUAGGAAUGCUUCUGCUGGUACAAUACAUGGUUUUAGUCGGGUAUGCAGAGAGGGGGAUAUGAUGAUGAUGUAUGGGAUAAUGUUUAUAUGGACAUCAGUAAAUCUUACAUGGUGAAUAACCCAUUUCCCAAUUUUUUACUUUUGGUAUAAAGAAACUCAACUUGACUAUCUGAAAACGGUAUAAACUAUAAAGGAUCUGUAGAUGUCAUCCUUUUUUCCAACUGUAGUUUUCAAUGCAUUCACAGUUUCCUUUGAUAUGUAUAGAUAGGUGCCUGUCCUAGUGGACAAAAAGGUUUAAAUCUGGUAAAUUCUGGUGCAGAUGUGUCACGGUUA